CGCAGGUUCACAUGCGAGAAUACUUUAAAUUUCCAGAUUUUAAGGUCACGGAGAAAACGAUAUGGCGACAAAAAACGAUGUCAAAAAAACUAAGAGAUUAUGUGAAAGAAGGUGGCAGUGGAGAACGUCAUUCGGAAGCGACUCUGAUGAUUCUCCGAGCUGCGAUUGUUAUGACUGGGAAAGACAAAGACUGCCAUGCAUACACUUCUUCGCGAUAUUCAGAAACUAUCCUUCGUGGUCAUUCGAGAAACUACCAAAGUCGUAUACGGAAUCCCAAUUCCUGACGGUUGAUCGAGUAGGUUUCAAACCCAUAAUUGAAUCAUCGCGAAAUGAAGAAAAUAGCCAAUUGAAUCAAGAGGAUCCUUUACAACCCAACGAAGCCCUUGAGAAUGAAAACCAAGCAACAAAAAAUGAAAAGGACGUCACACCCACUCUUGUAGAUGAGCUCAAACGAAAGCCAUCUUCGCACAGAACAGAAGCAGCAAGAUGCCGGGAAAAGUUAGGUCAAAUAAAAAAUCUAACGUACGUUGCAGAAGGAUGGGAAAAUGCCAAUGUUUUGAAUCAAGUAAAAGUCAAAUUGGAUGAAUGCUAUAAACUAUUGACAGAUGCUAGUCCCAAAGAGAACGGCCUAGUGCUAGAAGCGCCAGAGAAGAAAACCACUGCAUGUACCUCCAAAGCUAAUGGUAAAAGCCAUUCAACUAAUCCUUUCAAACCUAUUCCACAACUAUUAAAGAAAAAUCCUUGGUCAGGUCGAAGUGGUGAAAAAGCAGCGACCUUAAAACGUUGCUAUGUUUCAAGUUUGAUGGAAAUUGAAGGGAAAAAAGCAAAGAUUGGACGAACUGAUUCAAAUAUGAUUCAAACUGAUGUGAAGAAAGAAAUAAUCCAUACCUAUUCUGAACCUGCGGAUGAAGAAUCAGACAUAGAAUUGAAAAAAGUAGUUUACGGCCCGACGGCAAAACGUGGACAAUUUAAAAUGAGUGAUGUUGACAGAAAUACAAUCAUAACAAGAAAAGAGCUCACAGAUCACAUUAUUGGGGCUGCUCACAAUGUUUUGCAUAAGCAAUUUCCUGAUGCCUGUGGUUUACAAAACACAACACUUGGCCCUGUUAACAAUUUUUCCAUACAUCGAGGAACUUUCUUUCAAAUUCUGCACACAGGUACUCACCACUGGGUUUUGGUAUCAAAUACCGGUUGUAAACCUGCUUCAAUCAACCUCUAUGACAGUUUGUACAAUGGGAAAAUCAGCUCAUCAACGAAAAAGCAAAUUGCUGGCCUACUCUUUGAAUCAUCACCAUCAAUAACAAUCAACAUACCACGUGUACAGUAUCAACCCAAUUAUGUCGAUUGUGGGGUGUUUGCCAUUGCAUUUCUUGUGUCGUUACUCUUCAACCAAGAUCCAGCAAGUUUGACAUACAGUGAAGGUUCUAUGCGAUCCCAUUUGUUAAGGUGUUUGAGUGAAGAUAAGUUUAGCCCUUUCCCUCUGACAAAAAAGAAAGACUCUGCUGACAAGAGCCAAAUCCAAAGAAAGAUUAAGUUGUCACUGAUGUGCAACUGUCGAAUGCCAUGGAAUGAGAAAGAUCUCGAAAACCCAGACCUAUGGUGCACCCAGUGCGAGAAAUGUUUGGAGUGGUUCCACAAGAUCUGUUCUCCAACAAUGCCAGAUUCAGUCCUCCACAAGACAAACAUCUCAUGGAAGUGCCCAAAAUGUUCAUAAAAAAUGUCAGUUUGAUGAGAUAUAACACAGACAAUUUGAUGACAAUCACUCAAAUCUUGAUUUGCAGGAUGAUGUUAUUUGGAGUUCCUCCCCCCUUUCCUGCACCUUUUUAUGGCUUUGUAGGAUUACA